UUAAUAUUCGUAUUUUGUCCAGUUUAAACAAAAAAUUGUGAAAUCUUUGAAAAAGCAGAAAAGCCCGUGUAACAAUUUUCAAUAGUUCUUAGUUUUGCAGAUAGACUUUUGAAAGCUCAAUGUACAAAUUUACACAUUUCGACAAAAAGCUUUGCAGAUUUCUGCGGCACAAAUUCGAUCUUGCCGUGGACGACUGCGACGUCUACUCAAUUUGGCAUUUUUGUCCAGGCACUCGUUGGAGAGCGAUCAAAAACUUUUUACUGGAGAGUUCGCUGUGCCAAGCUGAGUGGUUUCCCGUUAUCUAUUGGGUGGUGCUGGCGAUCAGCACGCUUGGCUCGUUUUAUAGUCUCAGUGAGUUUACCAGCCUUUACUGGGGUGGACGCAAACGUGUCUCUAUGUGGCGCUCUCGUAAAUACUAUGUCAUACCCUAUUCGGUGUUGCGAAAAUGUCGCCUGGUUGGGUCUUUGGUGAUGCUCAAUGCUUGGUUGCUGCUUUGGUAUGCAGUUAUUAAUGUUUCGCCAGGUCACAUGACGCCUUGGCUUACCAUCAAUAUGUUUGUGUUGAGCUUUGAACUGAUGGCUUGGCUGGUGGAGGUAUUGGUUGGCGCCACCAAAUUGGAUCUGCACACGCUCUUCACCUUUUGCCUCCCGGUGGCGAAUUACUUGUUUGUGCGUUGUGUGCGCAAUGUUUUCCAGAAUGCCAUCGAAACGAACGAUGUCGACGAUUUGCGGCUGUGGAAGCGUGGCUUUAAGUGAUUUCAUAGUGUCGUGUUUAUAUCCCUGCAUACAGACAUAUAUUUACUAACAUUGUCGGGGAAGCUGUGUUACUCAUCUAUUCGUGUGUGUUUGGUCGCUUUUUAGUAACUGUAUAUUUCAUUUCGUUAUUUGUAUGUGUAACCGAGGAGGGUGUGAAUGUCAAUGUUGUGAGGGUCUUUGCAUAUUUUCGGUAAUAAGUGUAAAAAUUUUAAUGAAAUAAGUGAAGUGUUCAAGAGAGUUGCUCAAGUGGCAGCACUCCAA